AUGGGGGUGUAUGUCCCCCUCGAAGCGAAUAUUACCAUAGUGUGCGGUAGGUUGCGAUUUUUGCCGAAGAGAAAACUGGAGCUGAGAUCGAGAGUUGGUAGCUUCGCUUCCGAUAUUACGGCCGCUCUUGAACCUUAUGGUGUAUGGCACUAUUCGAGCUCCGCUCCGGCCUCUGGCAUAGCUUUGAAAUGCAGCUCUAUUGUUGACGCCUGA